CGGCGAGCACAGCGGCCCGGGCUCGGGAGACGGCGCGGGCCCUCCCUCAGCGCGGGACGUCGCGGUCCGGCCACCCGCCCCGGCCGUCGGGACCCGGAGACCGAGCGCGGACUGCGCGGGACGUGACCGCGCCGUUCGGUUUUUCCAGCCCCGGCCGCUGAGGAAGACGCUGACUGGGCGUCGGAGACAUGAAUUACGCGCGGUUCAUCACGGCGGUGAGCGCGGCCAGGAAGCCUUCUCCCAUCCGAGCCAUGAGUGAGAACCGGGCCCCUCUCCCCGGGCCGGGCCCAUCGGCUGAUCUAUUGAGCAGGGCACCAAAAUCAGUCAUCUCCUUGGCUGCUGGAUCACCAAAUCCAAACCUGUUUCCCUUUAAGACAGCUGCCAUCACCGUGGAAGGUGGAAAGACCAUCCAGUUUGGGGAAGAGAUGAUGAAGAGAGCACUUCAAUAUUCUCCAAGUGCUGGAAUUCCAGAGCUUUUGUCCUGGCUAAAACAGUUACAAGUAAAAUUGCAUAAUCCUCCCACCAUCCACUAUCCACCCAGUCAAGGACAAAUGGACCUGUGUGUCACGACCGGCAGUCAAGAAGGUCUUUGUAAGCCUGGAGAUAAUAUCCUCUUAAAUGAACCUGUUUAUGCAGGAACACUUCAAGCUCUGCGGCCACUGGGCUGCAACAUCAUGAAUGUUUCCAGUGACGAACAUGGGAUUAUUCCAGACUCCCUCAGAGAAACACUUUCCAAGUGGAAGCCAGAAGAUUCAAGGAACCCUAAGAAAAACACCCCCAAAUUUCUUUAUACUGUCCCAAAUGGCGACAACCCCUCUGGAAACUCACUAACAAGUGACCGCAAAAGGGCAAUCUAUGAGCUUGCAAGAAAAUAUGAUUUCCUCAUAAUAGAAGAUGAUCCUUACUAUUUUCUCCAGUUUAACAAGCCCUGGGCACCAACCUUCCUUUCCAUGGAUGUUGACGGGCGUGUCAUCAGAGCUGACUCUUUCUCAAAGGUCCUUUCUGCGGGGUUGAGAAUGGGGUUUCUAACUGGUCCAAAACCGUUGAUAGAGAGAGUUGUUCUUCACACACAAGUGUCAACAUUGCACCCCAGUACUUUUAACCAGCUCAUGAUAUCACAGCUUCUACACCAGUGGGGAGAAGAGGGCUUCCUGGCUCACGUGAACAGGGUUAUUGAUUUCUACAGGAACCAGAGAGAUGCAGUAUUGGCAGCUGCAGACAAGUGGUUAGGUGAUUUGGCAGAAUGGCAUGUUCCUACUGGUGGAAUGUUUUUAUGGAUUAAAAUUAAAGGCAUUUCUGAUGCAAAACAACUGAUUGAAGAAAAAGUAAUUAAGAAAGAGGUGUUUAUGCUUCCAGGAAAUGGCUUCUACGUCGAUAGCUCAGCUCCUAGACCUUACGUGAGAGUGUCCUACUCUUCAGUAUCUCCAGACCAGAUGGACGUGGCCUUCAAGAUAUUAGCCCAAACCAUAAAAGAAUCUUUAUGAAAAAAGGGCAGCAAGGCACCCGUUUUGCUGGCGAGGAUCAUAGCUAAGGCAGUGUGAUUUUUACUGCAAGCAGCUGCUUGCUUUGGUGGUUUUCUGAUUCUGGCAGAAGUAGUGAAAUGCUGGGACUAGAAAUACUUCCUGGAAGCUCCAUCUAAUUUUUCGGCCAUUCCAGCAAUUCUGGAAACUACAGAAUACAUGAUAAUACUUUUUUUUAACCA